GAUCUCCCCUCCCCCGAAAUGAGGAGAAUGAACUAAUCGCUGAGUGCUUUUGGUACGCUGCAUAUAAAGAUAUGGAACCUGUUGAUACUAUCAGAUAAAGGAUGCGGCAGCAGGGGUGGUGUUGAUAACAAGGAGCUGUAUUCAGGAGGAGUACCAGUCGACCAUGUACGUGGCAAAGUACCCGUAUGACGACCAGAAGGAGGACGAGAUUGGGCUACAGGUUGAUGAUGUCUUAGUGAACGUUGAAGACCUUGGUAAUGGCUGGUGGCUUGGUUUGAACAAACGGACUGGAAAGACCGGUGUGUUUCCCCAGCAAUACGUCGAAGAAAGGCCAAAGCAAGCGAAAUCAAAAGGACAAAAUGGUAAAAAGUCUGCGAAGGUCGUAUCAGAAAUCAAUCUUCAAGUUCUCAAUUUGAACUCUCCUACAAAAAGCGAUGGCGAGGAUGAAGCCCCAGCACAUGAUUCGACCGAACACAAGGCGGGAACGAAGGGGAAACUGUCAGCAAGCGUGGAUGCACUAGGGAAACUCGGCCAGAGUUUGUUCAAAAGCAGGACCGAUGAACACAGAGGGAUAAAAGCUGCUUUAGGCGUGCUUGUUGGCGUCCUUAUUGGAGGGGGGCUGUUUGCUGCCCUGCACUUCAGCUUCCAGUACAGCUUCGGUGUAGCAGGAGGGAUAGCAGGGGCAGCAACUCUGGUCAUGUGUGUUCUGCUGGCUGUGUCAGUCCGCGCUCGGUGUGUGACAGCACUGAUGAGUGUGAGCAUAUUCACAGGCAAGGGUCGUGCAGCGUUCUUGUCCAUCAUCGCCGGGCUGCUGCUGAUGGGACCAGUUACCAACAUUGUCAAUAAUACAAACGAAGUUGCGGACACCAUGGCGUGCAUCACGGAGCUGGCCUACAACCAGAGUCAGAUGUUGCAGCAGAGGCUUCAGGAACCACUGCAGCAGGUCAAGGAGACACUUCUUCAGACUGCCAGUGAGAUAAAGGAUACAACCGACGAAAUAAAUAAAGCAUUCGGUGGGCUUAAGGAAGGAUUCGCUGCUGUUAGUGGGGGACUAGACAAGGCAUCAAGUGCUUUUCAGGAAGCCACGAGGGUCUGCAGAGCAUCCUAUGGAUCCGUGUUUUCCAAGUGUGCCAAUGUUCUAAGUGGGGCUGAGCGAUCGUGUCGACAGAAGAUUUCAUCAGUAACAGAUAAACUGAAUCCUGGCAAUGUGGUAGAUAAAAUCAAAGACGGUUUUAAAGGAUUUAUCUUUCGUAGGAAACGGGACGUCAUUCCGUCGGAAUCUGAUCAAGCCAAAAGAACCAGACAUACACGAGCGAUAGCAGAUGACAUAUGUAGCGUCCUCAAAGCUGGGCAGUUAUGUAACGGACUCAAAAGCAUCGACCUCUGUUCACCAUUGUCCUUGGUUGACAAUGCGAUAACUGACGGAGUAAAAGAAGUUUUGAAUGAAAUAAGAAAGGUAGAAGGACUUUUCAACUUCCAACUGAGAAACAUAGGGGAAGUUUCAGGUCAGGCCAACUCGUCUGGAAGCGCUUCGGAGAUAUUAGACAGUAUUCGAACGGACCUCAAGGAAAAACUCGAUGUAGCUUUCUUUAUUGUCAACGUGAUCAACAGAGUAUUGUCUUUCUUGAUAAUGUUGGUCCUAAUUCAAGCAUUCUUCUACAGCAAGAAGUACUUAUCCAACCUCCGCUUUGACAAUAUCUACCUAACGAAACAGAUGAAGGCGCUUGAUGCAUCCAGACUACAGAACAAGGAGAAGCAGCUGUUGCCACUUAAGAGGAACGAAAAGAAGAAAUACAUUGAUUCAACCUCGAUACGACUGUCACCUUCAGAAUUCCGCACUUGGAGGAAUGGUAUGGUGACUGUUCUCAUGCAUGUGCUGAUUGCGGCCUUAUUAGUCAUCUUUGAUUACCUGUUCUAUUAUAUUCUGUAUCUGAUCAAUAAGCAUGGUCGCUUUGAGUUCAAUUUAUCUGGAAUGUCCAGACUCCAGUUGAUAGUUGAAGGGUCUGGUUUGAUAACUAAUGUCUUCAAGAAGUUUAUCUCAGGCUUUAACAUAGAACAGGCCUACGACACUUCUCUUGAUAUUGAGAAGUGCCUGCCUAUGCCAAACACUCCUGACCAGAAUACUCUGUAUGUGCUCCUUAUUCUGUACAUCCUGGCCAUAACGUUUGUAGUAUUGCAAGCAUAUGGCCUACGGUUGCGACACAAGAUUGCAGCUUUCUAUUACCCUGAACAAGAAACUGCCCGAGUGCAGUAUCUGUAUCGACUCAUUGAAGUGAAGCGGAGAAGUUUUAUGGAUGACCUCAAGAAAAUGAUGUCAGAUCGGCCGCCCAAGGACACUGAGGUCAAAUCAAAGGAGGAAUCAAAGCGGUCAUCCUGUUGCUCUCGAAUAGCUUGUUUCAAGAAAGGGGCAAAAGUCAACUGCGUGCAGUGUGAAGAAGAGACCCGAAAUGGAUGGAGAUGCAGAAGUUCAGAGUGUCAAGCUGACUUCUGUGAAACCUGUUACAAGGACAACGAUAAACGUUGUCCCCUUUGUAACACCAAGUAGGCUGGUUGGUGUGUAUGGUGCCUCUCAUGUUAGAGUGAUGUACGAGUGAUUAAGUAUGGCUUCUCCACCACUUGCAGCAAUAUCACUCCCAUGUCACGGUGGGGUACACCAAGUACAUGUUUACACAUGUUUGGUAACUAACCUACAUCUUCCACCUGUCAAAAGAUGCUUUAACACCAAGGCUACCCACCCGCGUUUCUUGAUCAAUAACCAUUUGGGUACAUUAUUCAUUACAAAUAAUAUUAGAGACAAUAUGUUUUGCCUAAAACUUGAUAAAACAUUAUUUCAUUCCGCACUUUUGAAAUAGAUUGUCCAUGUCUUAAAAGAAAGGGAAACAAUAAUGGCAGUUCACGGAUGUACUGUUAAACCUCAUUCAGGACUGACGACAUUCCCACUAUGCAUGUUCAUCCACAACCUGUGUCAGGACCCGCUGGUCGUUGAUGAAAAAACUCCGAUUUGCAUUGAUUUUCACCUUGAUCUGUUGCGGGAAUUUGAAACAAUACUUUUUCGCAAGGGUUAAUUAAAUAUUACCCAUACGUUUUCUUUUUAAGGUUUCCGGUUUUGUUAUGCCUUGUUGAAGACGGUUACUUCGCCCCCUUUUUAUUGUCCUGGAUCUUACGAUUAUGAAGACAUAUAUAGUUACAGCUUUUUCUUGGCUCAUUUCAAGCCUAUUACGUAUUAGUUUUUGCCCUAUUUCCAUUUAUAUCUGCUUUUUUUGCUUUCAAAUGAUAUCUUAUUUUGUUUUCUUUUUAUGAGAAUGUCUUACGCUUGUAUUCUUCUUUUCUUGUUGUAACCCUGCUGGACCCUUGGGGACAUUUCCACAAGAUCUCUAGCCCUUUUUCACCUUCUGUGUCAAUAUUGUAAUAGUGUCAUCUGUGAAACCGAGACAUUAUCUAUAUGUGAUUAGGGUAUACUACUACGAUGCAUCACAUGAUGUACAUCUUAAAAUUUGAGUUAGCUGACAAAGAAAAUAGUGUUUGAGGAUUUGAAAUUGUAUUGACAAUUGCCCCCCCUUUAAGAUGUGUCUAGUAAGAGGAGAUAAUCUGUUGUUCAGUUGCUCCCGUGUGAACGGUGUGUGCUUUGAUAUCAUUACACUGUUGAUGCUGCGGAAUAUGUUAUCAAAACCUCGUUAACUCGAAAGCUGUGAGGUCAUUGGAAAUAUGUUGUGUUACCUUUAGUUCAAGACUGGUAGUGGCAAUGGGGGUCAGGACCAAGGCUUAUCGUAAACGAUAUAUCGAAACAUUUGAGUUUGAUUUAGCGAGGUUCCACUGUGUACUGGUAGUGUCAAUAGGCCCCAGGACCAAGGCUUAUCUUAAACGAUAUAUCGAAACAUUUGAGUUUGAUUUAGCGAGGUUCCACUGUGUACUGGUAGUGUCAAUAGGCCCCAGGACCAAGGCUUAUCUUAAACGAUAUAUCGAAACAUUUGAAUUUGAUUUAGCGAGGUUCCACUGUGUACUGGUAGUGUCAAUAGGCCCCAGGACCAAGGCUUAUCUUAAACGAUAUAUCGAAACAUUUGAGUUUGAUUUAGCGAGGUUCCACUGUGUACUGGUAGUGUCAAUAGGCCCCAGGACCAAGGCUUAUCUUAAACGAUAUAUCGAAACAUUUGAGUUUGAUUUAGCGAGGUUCCACUGUGUACUGGUAGUGUCAAUAGGCCCCAGGACCGAGGCUUAUCUUAAACGAUAUAUCGAAACAUUUGAAUUUGAUUUAGCGAGGUUCCACUGUGUACUGGUAGUGUCAAUAGGCCCCAGGACCAAGGCUUAUCUUAAACGAUAUAUCGAAACAUUUGAGUUUGAUUUAGCGAGGUUCAACUGUGUACUGGUAGUGUCAAUAGGCCCCAGGACCAAGGCUUAUAUUAAAUGAUAUAUCGAAACAUUUGAGUUUGAUUUAGCGAGGUUCCACUGUGUACUGGUAGUGUCAAUAGGCCCCAGGACCAAGGCUUAUCUUAAACGAUAUAUCGAAACAUUUGAGUUUGAUUUAGCGAGGUUCCAAUGUGGACUGGUAGUAUCAAUAUUCUCCAGGACCGAGGCUUAUCUUAAACAAUAUAUAGAAACAUUUGAGUUUGAUUUAGCGAGGUUCAACUGUGCAGCUAUUUGUACAUAUCACAUAUGUUUUUUUGUGGUUAUCGCAUCUUUACACAUUGAUAAGAUGCUCUGUUCCUCCUUGAUCUAGUUACAAAUCUCCACACAGCUGUGUUAUUGUAAUAUUUGUGAGCCAGGUGCCUAUAGCAUGAGCAUCGAACCACACCAUGUGGAUACGUUGAUGCUCUAGCUCAGUCGGAUCAGCUGAUCUUCCGAGAAUGUCAUAAAUGAUAACUGAAAUAUGUAUAUUUUUGUAACAAAACUACAGUGUACCAUGUCUGUCAUCAAAUGAUGAUGGUGUUGCAUUGAUGAAGUUUGUUUUGUACUAAUAGUUGUAAAGUUACUAUGUUUCUGUUUAUAUAUGCAUAAUAAUAAAUUUUGAAGAAGUUAUUUCUAAUAAACCGAUCUUCAGCAUGUUUAAGGGGUUUCCGAACAUUUCGGUAACAUUUAACAAUUUGAUUGGGAUACUGUUGAUGUUGAUACAUGUUUAAUAUAUUUUACCUUCUAUGCCUCAUCUUAACAUCUGAAUAAACUAUAAACUGCUCAA